AUGUCGUACUUGAGUGAUUCUUCUGGUCAAUCAACUGCUGAGCUGAUGUUACUCGAGCUCGAGCGUCUUACUGCCUCGAUCAACUCUCAACAACAGAUGCAACUGCAGUCCACCUGCCCACCCACUAGCACAAAACUUCUGACUAAUAGUGUUGGCCUGCUGUGCAUCUCGGCUGAGGCUGGUGAUGAGGACGAAGAGAGAGAAGACGAUGACGAGGUUGAGAUAAGCGAUGAUAUCCGUGAUACUCAUGCCCUUGAGCAUCCGAAUCAGCAGCGUCAUCCACUAUGUUUUGAGCAUGCCGCUGAUAUCUGCAGACAGGGAAGAACAUUACCUGCCUCCACUUCCGUAGUUGUCAAUACCCUUCUUCCUUCCUCCGUUGAGAUCUCAAAUACUGCUAACCACCAGACUACUGCUACUCUAGCUAACACCACAACUUCGGUUUCAGAGGCAGCCGAAGAUGGCCUUAGGACCGACCUCGAUCCGGAAUUGGAUGCAGACUUGGAGCGUGAGCUGGCUCGCUAUAUUUGCUCGCAUCCGGAUGACAUAGAAGAAAAUAUUACUUUUACUGAAGAUUGUCAAGUAAAGAAAUCAAGUGAGCUGAGCAUUCACCUUAUUCUAUAUUUUUUUCCUUUUUUUCAUCAUUAUCAUUAUUCAAUGUUACACGUAUUUCAACAAUCUAGCUCGUGCUUUUAUUUGUCUCCAAUUUGA